AUGGAUCAAUGUGGUCAUGAAAUGGAUCCUUUCUCCAUCGAGAGCCUCUGGAGACUCUCCAAAUUUAGCAUAGAAGCUCUGCAGCCAUUGGAGUCGCUACCAUGGAACACCGCUCUACCUGAUGACUCGACUUCUUGCUUUGAACUAUUUCGAAACCCUACAGAUAAGCUCGGUUCACCAUGGAAGCUGGAUAUCUUUCCGACCAGCUUAGAACAACCCGAAUCAUUUGCCGACUCGAUCAUCAGUGCUUCCAUAGACGGCCAGUCGGAUACAUCAAGCGAUGCCUUACAAGACCCGACAAACAACGAAAAUGACGACAAUGGUCUCUGGUCUAUAGAUCUACUACAAGAGGGCCUUGGCCAUGCAAUCCCACAAAGAUCAUGGGAGAGAUUCCAAGACCGUUCAUUUCAAGAACCCGUGUCUGCCUACUUUAGCGAAGCAGGAACAAAGGCCUUUGAUGCAGCAUUGGCACAGCAGAAAUCUGGACAUAAUUCGCCAACUCGGAUUGUUCGAUCAGACAUCUUCAUUCGAUCCUUACUUCGUCUGGGGCUUGGUUGGAGUUCAGUGUUCUUCCGGUACGAUCAACGCACCAGCCAAUUUGUGAGACAUUUGAAGGACGUCCGAAUCUCUGGGAUCAGUUUGCCUGCAUUGGAGAGUGUGAUCGAGUAUGUACAACAGUGUGGUGUCAACAUGCAGCGGAUGCGCCUGUUUGCACAACACCCGCCAGCCAAGUGCAAAGAACUUUCUGCUUUAUUCACAUUGAGCAGCACAGUGGCAGUGAUAAUCCUCAUCCUUGAGCGACAGAUCUCUGAUCAUUCGAGACAAGUCGUCUCACUGCUGCAAAUAAAAGCACUAUUCAAUCGAUGCGGCGACUUAAUAGGUGUUUUGGCAGCUAUUGUCGAUGCUACGCACAAGGCUGUCUCGGACGCACAGGUCAUAUCAGUUGUCACGCAGCGUGCGGCCUUUUUUGCCCAAAAGUUCCCCUGGAUGGAGAGUCUUCUGCAUGAGAUCAUAGUUCGAGUGACCCAGCCAUGGUUCAAGUUCGUCGAGACUUGGAUUGGGCUUCGAUCAGAAGAAACCGCACUUCGGCAAUCUCUGGCUAGUGGCAAAACCUUUGUUCGACUGGAAAUUGAUGAACCUGGCAAGUUCAAGGCUGGGCCAGGUCGAAUCGACCACGUCUAUCAAUCCGACCACAUGCCAUCAAUCAUUCCAGCGGACCAGGCCCGCUCCAUCUUUGAGAGUGGGCGGAGCCUCCAACUACUGAAGCAAUCUCAUCCUCACCAUCCCAUCGCACGGCAUGAUGUUCUCUCCCGGAACAGUGGUCUUCAUCUGCAUUGUGUGACUAGCUGGGCCGGUAUCGAGCGCAUCCAGACAAAGGCCCAAGAGUAUGAAUCGAGACUCCGAGCUGAGAUCAAGAGGUACCAUGAUGGUACUGACUUGCACGAUACGCCACCGGACGUUGUCUUGCAAAAUGGACAAACAACUGAAACCGGAAUCACAACCGCAGCUUUCGAACUCUUCGACAUAGAUGAUCAAGAACGUGACUCAGAGUCCGUCGUUGAUCCCAAGGCCCUUACAAGAGAUAAUUUCAAUGAACUUCUCGGCAAAGCACGCGCACUCGAUCCUGUAUGCACCGACGAAGGAGGCAACCUCGGGCCUGAAUUGAUAUCUGGCCUCCAUCUCUCUCUUGCGCCAAUUCUUUCGUCGCAAGCCCUUCUCAUUAACUACUCUUGCCUGCACCUUCUCUUCAAAGAACAUAAGAUCCGUCAUCAUCUCAAUAUGCAGUGGAGAUUCCAGUUGUUGGGAGAAGGCUCGUUCGUCGCCCGUCUCUCCGAUUCCCUUUUUGAUCCAGAAAUGGAAAGUGGAGAACGAAAGGCUGGCAAAGUGCGCAGUGGUGUCGACACCGGUCUCCGCCUCGGCAGUCGUGAUACAUGGCCGCCAGCUAGUUCAGAGUUGCGACUUGUGUUGAUAGGCCUGCUGGGAGAUUGUUACUUCGGCAGCAAGCCCACAGAGGAUGACGAGAAAAGCCAAGUGCUCAAAGACAACGAGUUGCCUGGUGGCUUGAGCUUCGGGAUUCGUGAAUUGACGGCCGAAGAGAUCGAAAGAUGCAGAAACCCGAACGCUAUCGAGGCUCUGGACUUCCUUCGCCUGCAGUACACGCCGCCCAGGGUCCUCGAAUCCAUCAUCACUUUGCGAUCCCUUGAUAAGUACGAUCGUCUCUUCAAGCACUUGCUUCGAUUGAUUCGCAUGGUAUCUGUCGUCAAAGGACUUGUGCGUGGUUCAACUUCCCGAACAUCUCUAUCAGGGGACAACCGAAAUAUCCUACAGCAGUUCAGAGUAGAUGCCCAACAUUUUGUCCUGGCAGUUAGUGAUUACUGUUUCCACAUUGGUGUCGGAUCCAUUUGGCAACGCUUUCAAGAUACACUCGAUAAAAUCGAGCGCCGUGUCAACCGUGGUGAUAUCGACGGUACGAUUGAAGCGGCCCACUCGGUCCCCAGACUCCGUGAUUACCACGAAGACAUCCUUGACCAAAUGUUGUUCGCGUUCUUCCUGAGCAAGCGCCACGCGCAGGCGGCCAAAUUGCUUGAGUCGAUUUUCGGUACUAUCCUUGCCUUCGGACCUUUGUCAAGAGCAGAUAGUAUCGGGAUGCGCAAUGAAAGCGAAGGAGCUGUGCUCCAUCUCUAUCAGACUUUUAGGAAACAGACAUCUGCCUUUGUCACCUACCUUCGCAGUUUGGAGUCUGGCAAGGCAACGUCAAAGUCCAUGGCUAAGUCGGGGACAUUCUUUUCUACAGAGAGAGACCCGACCAGUGUCUUUGAACAUCUGCGGGUGAGAUUAGACGUGAAGAAUUACUAUUAA